AUGGAUUAUACUGUGGUGAAUGCUCCCGGACCUUACACUAUACGGAUCCAAGGUCAAACCCAUCAUAGAAUUGGCUCGCUAAUACCGAGACAAGGCCGUCCCCCCGAAUAUCUCCAGCUUUAUAUAUUUGAUACGGGCAACGAAGUCAGAAACCAUUUAAACGCAAUGGGCCAAACCUCAACAGAAGGUAAUCUUGAUGAGACAACCUUGGCGCGCCUCAUCGAGAUGCUUGACGAACAUAACUGUUUAGCGAAGCUUUUCCGACGGGCACGUGACUACUACGAAGGCAGUGGGCAAGAGUUUAAUAUAAGGUUACUCUCAGAUAAAAGGAAAGGUAAGGAAUACGAUCUCCCAAGUACGAGUGAGGUCGCAGGCCUUAUCGUAGGGGAUAUGUCAUCAACAAUUGGAGUACGAGAUAUAGUGGUUCAAUUCCAAUCUGACACUUUGCAGCAGAUACGUGACGACCACCCUCUGUACAUGAGCCUCCAAUAUCUUCUUCUCUUUCCACAUGGUGAGUAUGGAUUUCACCCCGAGAUCUCAUUACAUCUUGAAACAGGCACCUCGAGAACAAGAGAAUAUGGCAAUCCGGAUUUGUUUAUCACCAUGACGGCCAAUCCUAACUGGAAAGAGAUUAAAGAACAUCGUGAGAUAUACGGUGGAGACUCCCCUAAUGAUAGACCGGACAUUGAAUGUCGGGUCUUUAAGAUGAAAACACCGAGUUCGGAAGAAGUAAAUGAGAUUAUUUCAGCCGAGCUCCCAAACAAAGAAGAAGACCCAGAAGCUUAUAAUUUAGUGACAAAACACAUGAUCCAUGGUCCAUGUGGUGUCAUUAAUCCGAAGUCGCCGUGUAUGGAAAAUAAUGUGUGCACAAAGAAGUAUCCUCGGCCUUAUAAUAACAGUACUUCGAUUGACAAAUCAGGGUAUGUGUUAUAUCGUCGCCGCCGGAAUGAAAAUGAGUCUGUGGUUAAAAAUGGGGCACCCCUAAACAACACGUUUGUUGUACCUCAUAACGUUAAACUCCUAAAGAAGUAUGAGGCUCAUAUCAAUGUGGAAUGGUAUAAUCGUACAAGCGCAGUGAAGUACAUAUUCAAGUACAUAACCAAGGGUGUUGACAGAGCAUCCGCAGUUAUUGAAAAAGAAAAUACGACAACUACCUUUGACACAGUGGAUUCAGGAGAACCAAAGGAAAAAGUGAUUAAGCAGCGGAAUGAGAUCCAAGAAUACAUCGAAGCCCGGUAUUUAUCAGCUUGUGAGUCCAUGUGGCGGACCUUCGCAUUUCACAUACACAAAAGAAAGUCGUCCGUUGAGAAGCUCAUCAUUCACUUGGAAGGGGAGCAUAACAUCACCAUUAAAGAAACUGAUAACCUCGGCCGCGUAAUCCGCAAACAGGUAUUGAGAAGACAAUGUUUACUGAAUGAAUGGUAUUAUGCAGAAGAAUAUUUCGUAUGGAGCAACAAUUCCAAAGUCUGGUCUGAACGUAAGAAAGGAAAAACCAUUGGGCGAAUUGUGGCUGUCCAUCCAUCUGCAGGUGAUCGAUACUACCUGAGGAUCCUCAUCAAUAAGAUUAAAGGUCCUAGAAGUUAUGACGAGCUGAAAACUUUCAACGACGUCAAAUACCAUGACUUCAAAUCGGUUUGCCACGCACGAGACUAUUUGGACGAUGAUGUUGAAUGGCUCGAGAGUAUGUCGGAGGGUGCUAGAACAGCCACCCCAUACCAACUCCGCGAUAUGUUUGUCACCUUUCUAAACACUUGCUUCGUUGCAAGCCCCAAAGGAUUAUGUGAGCACUCAUGGAAAUCAAUGAGCGAGGACAUACUUCACAAGAGGCAAAGGAUCUUAGGCCACACAAAUCUGGAACUGGACGAUGAGACCUUUGAGCAAUACACGUUAAUCGAAGUGGAAAAGUUGAUGUGCAUGCAAGACCGUUCUUUAAACGAUAUUAAAGAGAUGCCUAAGAAACGCUUAGACAUGACAGUCAGGGGCACAAGAAAAACAUUCCUCUAUCAAACCAUCAUAUCCAGACUUCGCUCGAGGAAACAAAUUGUUCUCCCAGUUGCUUCUUCAGUAAUAGCCGCAUUGCUACUACCAAACGGAAGAACAGCUCAUUCACGCUUUAAUAUUUCUUUGAAGCUCGACGAAGAUAAGCUCUGCAACAUCAAACCAGGUACGAUGCUCGCUGAACUCAUUGAGAAAACGGACCUCAUAAUCUGGAAUGAGACACCUAUGACGCACAAACAUGCCUUCGAAGCACUUGACAAAACUUUGAAGGACAUACUGUCUAUCAAAAAUCCACACGCAAAGGAUCAAACUUUUGGCGGAAAAACUGUUUUGUUAGGUGGUGAUUUUAGACAGAUCCUUCCGGUAGUUCCACAAGGGAGUAGAGCUGAUACUGUCUCAGCUUCGAUAAGUCAUUCAUAUCUAUGA